UUCUCAUGGUCAGAGUCCUUUAGGUGCCUUUCGGCAAACCUCAAGCGGGCGCUCUUGCCUUUUACUGAGGAGUGGCAGGGCGGCCAGAUCAGUUGGCCGGGUGGCAGGCUCUAGGAAGAGUCUUGGUGGUUCCAAACAUCUCCCAUUUAAGAAUUAUGGGGGCCACUGUGUUCUUGGACCUUCAAUGCUGCAGACAUUUUUGGUACACUUUCCCCAGAUCUGUGCCUCGACACAAUCCUGUCUCGGAGCUUUACGAGGAAUUAUAUCGAAACUCAGGGUUUGGUUUUUGCUCUGACAUAUACUGUCAACUGUGGGAAAUUAUACAGACAGGUGUGUGUGCCUUUCCAAAUCCGGUCCAAUCAAUUGAAUUUACCACAAGUGUACUCCAUUCAAGUUGUUGAAACAACUCAAGGAUGAUCAAUGGAAGUAGGAUGCACCUGACCUUAAAUUUGAGUCAUCGCAAAGGGUCUGAAUACUUAUGUAAGGUAUUUCAUUUUGACCUUUUCUUUACAUUUGCACAAAUUUCUAAACCUGUUUUUCGCUUUGUCCAUUAUGGGGCAUUGUGUUUAGAAACAAUUUAGACUUUUAGAAUAAUAACUUCAUUUUAGAAUAAGGUUGUAACGUAAUAAAUGGGAAGGUGUCUGAAUACUUUACUAAUGCACUGCAUGUCAAGUUAAGUGUACGCUCAUACUUUUGCUCUCACAUACUUGCUAUUCUUUAUCAAGAGAUUCUAGCUUUCCUUGUAUCUGAAACCCAUGUAUGCCACCAUACCCCAUUCCUCAUUUGUAAGUGUAACACUUGUCAGUGUUUUUUAUUUUUUUAAACAGCUUCACUUCUGUGAAAGGCAGCAUGCUUCCUGUAUUCCUCACAGAUCAGCCAAUGUCUCGCUUCUUGCUUGAUGGUGAACAAUCUGCUGGUUGAGGGGCCAAUAUACCACAAAACAAGACUUCUCCUCCAGCAUUUGGAUUUGCCACCAUGUUUACCCCAAAGCCUGGGAGAUUUCCAGCUCUUGUGUUCCUUCUGGUUCUGUCAAGCAAGGCGGUCUCAAGAUGUCUACUUAGCCACGGGGCGGUAGCAACCCAUGGACCCCAGGAGUCGAACCUGUAUGAGCUACCACCUCAAACAACGCCCCCUGUAGCCCUCACCAAAGACCUGACCAAAAAUGCAACAGAAGUCUCCGUUACCCAGCAAACAAUGAGAACUGAAACCUCAGAGACAGACCAUGAGACUGAGCUCUCUCACACCACUGUGAGAGUUAAACAAACACCUGUCCCAUCCGCCCUGCAUCCACCCAACCCUACCAGUGCCAUCAACUCCUUCACAGAAGGGACAGCAAAAUCCUCCAUUCCAGGAAGCGUCAGUGUCUCGAACAGAGUGACAUGCCCGACCAUGACCCCUAAGGGGAGAGGGCUGGUAGGUCAGUGCCUGGUCAUCAUCGCUGUGCUGGCUGCUGUGAUAACAAUGUUCAUUGUCAGCACCGUCAUCCUCUUGACCAAGCUGAGGGGCAGCAGAUACAGACACAGGGCCCAGCAGCUGCAGGGACACGGCACAGAGAUGGUGUGCAUCUCAGCAGUGGUCCCCACCAGAACCACUUAUGGAGGCCAGGGGAGAUACAGAUGCCCCACAAGCAACAUCACCCUAAUGCCCAGCACAGAGGACAGCGAGGGGGACAAUCUCACUCUCAACAGCUUCAUCCCAGAUGUUGACGGAUGCUUGUAACACUUCACAGUCAAACUCGCAAUUCACAAUAACACACUUGCGCUUUGUCAGCUACAUAGCAAAUGUUUUGUACUUAUACAGAAAAAUAAGUGCCUUGCUUAUCUCACUGUUAUUCUAAUGAGAAAUACACAUCUAUCACUAUUGUGAAGCUAUUGAACUAUUGUGUAUACCUGACCUUCCCUGUACAUACUGAAUUAAAACAUUUUUUAAAUGUU